AUGAAUAAGGAAAGAAAUAAGUCCGGGUUGUCACCUGCUGUGACCGUAUACGGCAGUCUUUUAUUAAACAUCGUCAGCAGUGUUGGUGUAGUUAUUAUAAACAAGCGUCUUGUGUACAUGGAGGCUGGUUUUCGGUUUGGAAUUGUCCUUACGGUUAUUCACUUUAUCGUCACUUUCUUGGGAUGCCUGUUGUUUGCUUGGCUGAAGUUCUUUGAGGUUAAUAGCAUCCCAAUACUGAAGGUAAUUCCCAUUAGUCUGGCAUUUUGCGGGUAUGUGGUAUUCAACAAUCUCUCGCUCCUUACGAACACAGUGAGCGUGUAUCAAACCUCAAAGAUUGCCUGCACACCUCUCAUUGUGUGGAUCGAGUACACGCUUUAUCACCGGCGUGAGAACCGACGGACAUUGUUAUCUCUAAUACCCAUAUGCGUGGGGGCCGCACUCACGGUGUAUUCUGACGCCAGCCUGAAUCUCAUGGGAACUCUCUGGGCGCUUCUGGCAAUUCUUUCCAACUCCUUAUAUACAGUCUGGGGAAAGACAAAACAGCUGGAACUGGAGGUGACAUCCAUGCAAUUGUUGAUGUAUCAGGCUCCGCUUAGUGCCUUGCUGCUGGUUUUUGCUGUUCCCAUUGAUGGUUUAGGGGAACUGGUUUCUUUUGAAAUGACAUUCAAGGCAGUUUGGGCGAUUGCACUUUCAUGUCUACUUGCAUUUGGUGUGAAUUUUUCGUUUUUCUUGUUUGUGGGCCGGACCUCCCCUCUUACUAUGAACGUUGUGGGGUACUUCAAGACGGCGUUGGUCUUUGUUGGUGGCUUUAUGUUUCUCUCAUCGGAGAUGAAUGCAAAAACUUUUAGUGGGGUCGCGUUAACUCUUGUAGGGUUGUUGUUUUACACCCAUUCCAAGAUGAACGGGCUGUCAGCCCCGUCGUAUUCAAGAGAAAAGAUUUAA